AGUGGCCAAAGUUUUGUAGCAAUUCAGAUCUUUGUUCUAAAUGGUAAUAGCGUUUUCGACACCAUGCAAUCCACUGAAGAUGUUAGUACGGAUUAACACAAUGAAAAAAAGAUUAAAGUGUGUUGUCCAUAGUGAGAGAAAGCAGAAGAACAAGAAGAACAAGAAGAACAAGAAGAACAAGAAGAACAAGGGGACUCAGAGGGAACGUUCUGAAAGGAAGAUUAAGAGAAACAUGGAGUGGAGGAAAAGAAAUGAGAACAAGAAAAAAAAGAUGGUUUGAAAAGAUGGGAAAUAAGAUGAAAGAAACUGCAGCAAGGAGUCAAAAAUGUAGGGACCUUUUAUUCUUUGUUUCGCGUUCUACAAGCAGCUAAGAGGAAAUCUUUUCAAAAAGGAAUAGGCUUACCAUCAAAGGCACAACCUUCUGUUCAAAUAUUUCAGCCUCCAUACAAAUAAACCAUCAACACAAACCUACACUACAAGACCCAAGUGCCUUUGGUCUAUUUUAUCAGUCUUUCCCUUGUUUGUCUUUGAAAACAUCGAGUUACAAUCGAUCACAUCAAUCUUCACCAUGAAAGAAUAAACAACAUGAUAGGUYUAUCAGUUAGGCAAACAAAACCUCCUCAACUGAACAAGCAAAGUGUUUGUAGAAAAGGCUUAGUGUUUGUAUGAUGUAACAGAUUUUUCUGGUUGCUGGUUGCCUCGUAUUGUGUAAAAUCUCGAGUACGAGGUGUUUAAGGCCAGUAUAACGCGAAUCGUCAUGCGGUCAUUACUGAUAUUCUGUGCUGUGUUUGUGGCGGGAAUUUGGGCCAAACGUGAGAAUUACACAGGUCGUCAGCGAUUGGUUGGCUACUGGGGACAAAAUGGCGCUGGUCCGGCUCAUGGUCCUGCCAAUUAUGAGAAAACGCUGGCAGAGACAUGCAGAACAACCAAGUAUGAUAUUCUAGCUGUGUCGUUCGUUAUUGCUUUCUGGGACUUACGGGAUAAAGAUCACCUUCCUGCUCUAAACUUUGCCUUCCACUGCGAGACACCCAUCUCCCAGGACCACCCCUUCCUCCUUCGCUGUCCAGAGAUAGAGAAAGGAAUCAAGGAGUGCCAGAAGCUUGGCAAGAAGGUUAUCAUGUCCGUUGGCGGAGCCACUGGGGAUGGAACGUUGCCUUCACCGGAUAAAGCUCGUGAGCUGGCGAACACCUUUUACGACUUGUUCCUCGGUGGUAAAAGAUAUGAUGGGACAUUAUUACUGCGACCUUUUGGAAGUGCUGUAAUGGAUGGUAUUGAUCUGGACAUUGAAGGUGGUCGAGGUGAUCAUUAUCAUCACUUUAUCAGAGAAAUGAGAAGACUUAUGGAUGCUGACCAAAGCAAAGUUUACCUUCUAACGGGCGCACCUCAAUGUCCUUACCCUGAUCACUACUUGGGGCCUGGGGGCCAGUCAGAGAAUUACACAGGUCGUCAGCGAUUGGUUGGCUACUGGGGACAAAAUGGCGCUGGUCCGGCUCAUGGUCCUGCCAAUUACGAAAAAACGCUGGCAGAGACAUGCAGAACAACCAAAUAUGAUAUCCUAGCUGUGUCGUUCGUUAUUGCUUUCUGGGACUUACGUGAUAAAGAUCACCUUCCUGCUCUAAACUUUGCCUUCCACUGCGAGACACCCAUCUCUCAGGACCACCCCUUCCUUCUUCGCUGUCCAGAGAUAGAGAAAGGAAUCAAGGAGUGCCAGAAGCUUGGCAAGAAGGUUAUCAUGUCCGUGGGGGGAGCCACUGGAGAUGGAACGUUGCCUUCACCAGAUAAAGCUCGUGAGCUGGCGAACACCUUUUACGACUUGUUCCUCGGUGGUAAAAGAUAUGAUGGAACGUUAUUACUGAGACCUUUUGGAAGUGCUGUAAUGGAUGGUAUUGAUCUGGACAUUGAAGGUGGUCGCGGGGAUCAUUAUCAUCACUUUAUCAGAGAAAUGAGAAGGCUUAUGGAUGCUGACCAAAGCAAAGUUUACCUUCUAACGGGCGCACCUCAAUGUCCUUACCCUGAUCACUACUUGGGGCCUGGGGGCCAGUCAGGUCUUGAGCUCGCUGGUGAGCUAAUGGAUCACUUAUACAUCCAGUUCUACAACAACUACUGCCAUACUGGAGCCGGAAAUUGGUUUGACUCGACGCUCAAACAAUGGCUUGAUUUCUCAAAGUCACGCAAACCACGUGGUCCUCUAAUAUUCAUUGGMAUGCCAGCACAUGAGAAGGGCGCAAGUGGAGCCCAGUACUUCCGYCCUCCURRUGAACUACAAGCCCUAUACAAAAAAGUCCGCGAUUUGCCGAUGGUUGGUGGAAUUAUGUUGUGGGACGUGUCCUGGGAUCAGAACAAAGUGAUUGGCGGGAAACGMUACUCGGAAUACGCCUUUGCACUCCUAAAAGGAUCGACUGUUGGCCCACCACCUGUCACGUCACCUCCAGUAACACAACCACCUGUCACACAACCACCAGUCACACAACCACCUGUCACGCAACCACCAGUCACGCAACCACCUGUCACGCAACCUCCUGUCACGCAAUCUCCUACAGGUCCUUUCUCGUGUUCACAAGCUGGCGAUGGUUUUCAUGUGAAUCCAGCCGACUGCUCAAAGUUCAUCCAGUGUGCGGGAGGAAGGCGAUACGAUUUUUCGUGCCCUGGGGGACUUAAAUUUAACAAAAACACAAAAAGUUGUGACUGGCCGUCAAAUGUACAAUGUUGACAGCAGAAAGCUAUAAAUGUGCACUUUUAUUGAAUGUUAAUAAAUUUAUUAAAUUGACGAAAGACUGAGUCUGAUACGCC